GAACUCCUGAGGAGGCGCCUGGAGGCUUGAUGAGGCAGCAAAGGGGGAAAACCGUUCGGAGCAAGGCCUGCACAAACUUGCGGGCGCCAGGGCAGGAAUUAGAUAACUGAUGCUUGCACCCAUCGCGACACUAUGUUUCAAACACAAGGCUGAAAGGGAACAGCGUACAUGUUGACAUGCUCUGACAUGUAGGAUGUACGUGCGGUGCUGUGCGCAGGGAUGCAUCCCUGCCAGUUGCGCCUUGUCUUCUGCAUACGGGUAAUGGCAUGGCUCAGAUGAAGCCCUGGACUAACCUGCACAGGCGUGAAGGAGGAAGGGGGCGUCGGGUUUUGGGGAUGUUGGGAAUAGCAGUUCGGGACAGUGGGGUCUGGGAUAUAAGAACAAACCGCGAGAUACAUACCAUGCUCGGAAGGCAGAUGCAGCAGGAGAGCUUCAUGCAGGCAGGGAGCUGAGGUCCAGGACUCCAGGUUCUGACAGUAGGCUCGGGUACGCUGUGGCCGCGCGCCUUCGCACCUGCGCUGGGCCCCAGGCCUCCAGUGGCCUCACAGCAAUCACCAUGCCACGAUAAGUAUGCAAGCAUACCGAUUCGUAUUAUAGUAAGAAUAAUUUGUUUAUCGUUUAAUUCGUGUUCGGUUAGCCAACAGACACGCUCGCUCGUCGACAAGCUUUUGCAACUUCCACGGCGCGACAGCCCAGUGCCUGCGAUUCUGAUCAGGAUGCACUGCUCAGCUUGCUCCUGUGAGCUGAAUGGAUGUGGUGUUGUCUACGCAAAAGCGGCCACUGAAGUGAACGCUUACUGCAACAAACGCUGUGCAUCUAAAGGCCGCCGCGGCGUUCGGAAGAAGCAGGCGGCGCGCAUUCCUCAGCACGAGAAUGAUGCGCCUAUCGAGCCAGAGCUGGGUUGGGGCAGCUUGUCCGUGGACGUACUGACGUACUUAGCUGCUCAUCACCUCGACUUGCGGGAGCGCGUGGUGGGCUCACUGGUCUGCAGCCACUGGCAAACCGCCUUCUCAGCAGGUGUGCGACAUGUCGAGGUCCGUUCUGAUGAUGCCAGCUGCUGGGACGCGCGGCGCGCGGGCGCGCUGGAGGGGUCAAUUCGGGUGCUGGACAGCGCUCGUCGGCUUAUGCCUAUGGUCGAGUCACUCCACCUUGUGGCGUACCACAAGUGCAUGGAGCAGGAUGCCCUGCUGCGCACUGUGCAUGCAGUCACGCGCUGGGAGCAGCUCCGGCACCUGCGCAUCAGCUGGGACGAGUCUCAUGCGGACGAGUCGACGCUGGUGGCUGAGUGGAUUGAGCGCACCGGCCGCAGCCGCCAGGAGGCCACCAACCAGGUUCUGAUGGAUUACCGCCCCACCGGGGCACGGCCGCUGGCCUCCGAGUUUUGCGAGCUGUGCAUGGGCGCCCUGGGCCGUCUCACCAACCUGAGCUCGCUGUCACUUAGCGGCGUAGCCAUGGCCGCCCACAUGCCCCUGGGUCUGUACGGCCUGUCCACACUGGAACGACUCACCAGUCUGGAGCUGCUGAACGGCCGCGGCAGCAACUCUUGGUCCCGGGAUGCACACCCCAAUGACACGGACCUGUGCUGCCUCACUAGCCUGCGCCGCCUGAGUAUCAGUGGUGAGCUGCUGUCGCCUGCUGUCAUGACCUCCCUGGCGCACCUAUCCGGCCUGACGCGGCUGAGCCUGGACCUGUGUCGGCCGGACGCAGCAGCGGACACACUGGCUGUGGGGAAUCUGUGCAAGCUACAGCAACUUCGCGCCCUGUACAUAACCUUCGGCUCCAUGGGCAGCGGCUCGCGCGCAGAGGCGACUCUGCAGCUCAUCUUGGUGCUGCAGAGCGUGAAGGCACUGGCGGUAGCUGCGUGGGAGCGCUAUGAACAGGAGCUGCUGGCUCAGCAUGCGCCCACAAGCCAGCAACUUAGCGGCACAUCUGUGAAGGCGAUAGCGCCCGAUCAACGGCAACAGGCCAUCAAGGCCGCCGCUGGAGCCAGCGGCGGUCCGAAUGGUGCAAGCCGGCGGCGGAAGCAGCGGGCAUCCGACCGGGCGAACCGGCCGUGCCCCGGCGCAGGCCGGGGCUGCCGUGUAACCAACCCUGCUAGCCUCAGCCAGCACAUCACAACUGGCGCAAUUGAUUGCAUUGGCAUGGAGGAGGGUGAGGAGGACGAUGGGGGAGCGGUUGACUGCAGCAUCGCACGGCGCCUCAGUGUGUACCUGGACCUGGCUCCGGCAGACGCGCCCCACUGCCUGCAGCUAAGCCCGGGCCUGGUUGACGCGCUGUGCGACCUGGGGCCUGCGCUGCGGCGCCUGGACGCUGGCUUCGCCACCGGGGCCGCCUCCAACCUGUACAGGCUGACAGAGCUGACCUCGCUCACGAGCCUGUCACUGCGCUGCCUGCCCGGCACGCAGCCCGGCCUGGCGUCCUGGGAGCUGCAGCGCCUGGGCACAGCCUGCACGCAGCUGCACACCCUGCGCCUGGCGCUGCCACCCGAGUGCAUGGACGCCCUGGUACCUGGACUGGCCCCUGGCAGCCGCACCGGCACGUCAGGCGGCGCCGCCCUGUCCACAGCGGCUAGCUGCGUGGCUGGCGGGGAAAAGGUGGCUGGUGGAGCCGGUCGCGGCGGCGGCUGCUUCCAGGGGCUGCGUGUGCUGGAGCUCCAUGCGUAUGUGUACGUGAAGGAGGUGGUGGUGCGCUGGCCGGACCUGCAGCCCCGGCUGGCGGCGCUGCUGACGGCGCAGCUGCAGGUCGAGCAGCUGGGCGACGCACGCCUGCACGAUGGUGAUGACAACGAUGGCAGCAAUGACGCGCCGCAGCCUCGGCCGCAGCCCCGGUCGCCACCGCUCGUGCCGCAGCAGCUGCAGCAGCGCGCGGUGGCGGCGGUGCGCGAGCCGCUGUCAACGCUGGCGCAGUUGAUGCACGUGCUGCCUAACACGUACGAGGUUCAAAAAGCUCUGACAGAUGAGGCUGACUGGCGCGACCGUCGGCUCCAGACACGGCGGCAGGCGCUGGUGGGACAGGGGAUGACUGAGGAGGAGGCGGAGGCUGCGGCGCAACGCGAGGCUGCGGCAGCGACGCCAACGGUCCCGCUGUGGGUGCUAGGACAGCAUCUGAUGCCUGGGCAGGCAAUGGCAAAGACCCUGCUCACUGGCGAAGAGGCGGACAGCGGCGAUGCCGCAUGGCUCUUCCGGCCCAUGAGUGGAGCUGCAGGGGUGUCGGCUGGGGAGCAGCAGGCGGAGGCGGAGACGGAGGCGGAGCUGCAGCGCGCGCGCGGGGUCCUGGUACGGGCCUGCCACCCGGUGGCAAUGCACCUGUUGUGGCAGCGGCAGCUGCAGGCGCUGCGGGCAUUGCUGGUGUGUGAGGAGGUGGUGGCGGGACCUGUGUUCCGGCUGGCCUCCUGGACGCCACGCAACCUGCAGCGACUCCGGCUUGAGGGCUUCGUCGGGCUGAGCUAUGGACGCUGUGCUGGCGGCAGCAGCGGCAGCAGCGGGUCGGCGCGGAGUGUGGGUAGUGCGGCCGACUGGGCGCCGCCGUCGCUGCGGGAGGUAGACGUGGUCCUGCACGGCGGCCCGGCGGAGGAGGAGGCAGCGCUGGCGGGGCUCCGGGUGUGGCAGCAGACCGCCGCCGCCGCCUCCACUUCCGCCGUCUCCACGGGGGGCAGCGGGCCUAUUCUAAGAGUUCAGUCGCGGUGCGAGCCCUGGGCUGAGGCCGUGUGAUACGAAUUCUCCAGGAUUUGCUGCCAUUUGCAGCGUUAACGUGGGACAGCAUCGGGUUCUGUCGUCAUCGUAGGUAGGCAAUGGCACCAACAUGGCACAAAGGGGUUACAGGCAUGCCCAAAUGGCGAUGUCAGUUGCCAUAGCGUUGGAGCAACUUCGAAGGGCCUCUUCCCGUUGUUACAGACACGCAUGACACCACUUGCUAAUGUCCUUUGUGUGUGAGUACAGUGCAAUUAUGUUGGUGCAGCGGUAGACCGGGUAGUGUGUACUGUGUAGGAGACCCUGCGCUUCUGUGUAGGAGACCCUGCGCCCUUGGACUACUUAUGGGGCCCGGCAAGGUGGCGACGAACGUGGGUGCUAAUGGAACGAGAAAGGUGUGAUGCAGAUGUUGAGUGACGCGAGGCUGUGUGAUUUCGCCAGUUUUGGUGCUGUGGGCGCAUAUCCAAUGAGCGGCAUGGAAGGUCGUAGGAAGUAGAGCAGAGUGCAACAUUGCAGCCACAGGUGCCACGAGUCCGGAACUGUCCGGAAGUGCCAGGCUGCCUCGGGGUGCUCCCUUUCGCUCCGUCGUGACCACGAUGGUUCUGACGGUCUGCGGCCCACUGGCUUUGCCCGAGGUUGAAUGGUGUGAGGCAGGGGCCGCAGGGCAACUAUAGAUCGCCGACGAAAUCACAUGCGGGCGCGAUUGAAACGUAAGGGGCGGGGGGCGGGGCGCCAGGAGCUGUGAGUGUGCGAGGGGAGACAAAGGUGUCGGAGGCACGGCAGGUGAAGGGGCGCCGCCGAUGGUGCACAGGAUUUUCAAUUUUGUGUGGGCCUUCGACUUCUGCACGCACAUAUCUUAUUGCGAGUUACAUGUAAGCCUUUGGCGCA